UCUGUCUCCCACCCUCACACACACUCACACACACACACCAGCCUCCUGUCUCCCCCCUCGGGUGUGUGUGAGAGAGGCAGAGUGUGUCCAACUUAUCUGUGCUGGACCUUUAAUCCCUUUUCCACCCUCAGCUCCACGAGAGAGAGCCUCAUUCAUCCUCCCCUCUGCUCGUCUCACUGUGGGAAGACAACAUGACGGACGCGGCCACCAACAUGCGGCUGAAGCUGCCGAUCACCUGCUUCAUCCUGGAGAUCAUCCUCAUCAUCCUCUUCGGCACGUUGGUGCAGUACGACCGCGAGACGGAUGCAAAGCAGUGGCAUAACCAGAGUCAUGAAGACUAUGAGAACGACUUCUAUUUCCGCUACCCAAGUUUCCAGGAUGUUCACGUGAUGAUCUUCAUCGGUUUCGGCUUCCUCAUGACCUUCCUGCAGCGCUAUGGCUUCAGCAGCGUGGGCUUCAACUUCUUGAUCGCCGCCUUCGCCCUGCAGUGGGCCACGCUCAUGCAGGGCUUCUUCCACGGUCUGCAUGGAGGCAAGAUCCACAUCGGAGUGGAGAGUAUGAUCAAUGCUGAUUUCUGCACCGGCUCCGUGCUCAUCUCAUUUGGAGCGGUUCUGGGUAAAACCAGCCCGGUCCAGCUGCUGAUCAUGGCGAUGUUCGAGGUCACACUGUUUGCAGUCAACGAGUUCAUCCUGCUGUCUAUUCUGGGGACCAGGGAUGCUGGAGGCUCCAUGACCAUCCACACGUUUGGAGCCUAUUUCGGACUCAUGGUGACCCGAGUCCUGUACCGACCCAACCUGGACAAGAGCAAACACAAGAACUGCUCCGUGUACCACUCUGACCUCUUUGCUAUGAUCGGUACCAUCUACCUGUGGAUGUUCUGGCCCAGCUUCAACUCUGCCAUCACGGCACACGGAGACGACCAGCACCGCACAGCCAUGAACACCUACUACUCCCUGGCAGCCUGCACUCUGUCCACCUACGGCAUGUCGGCCCUCACCGCACACGACGGCAAGCUGGACAUGGUCCACAUCCAAAACGCUGCUCUGGCUGGUGGAGUCGCUGUGGGAACCGCGGGCGAAAUGAUGCUGACUCCUUUCGGCUCCAUGAUUGUUGGUUUCCUGGCCGGCAUCAUCUCCGUGCUGGGCUUCAAGUACCUCUCACCAAUCUUGGAGGAAAAACUGAAGAUCCAAGACACCUGCGGGGUUCACAACCUGCACGGCAUGCCUGGCGUCCUGGGUGCUAUUGUUGGAGCGGUGACUGCUGCCUUGGCAUCCGCGGAUGUUUAUGGAGGAGGUUUGGAAGACGUCUUCCCCGAUGUGGCGAGCGGAGAUGUUACGGCUACUAAACAGGGCGGUAUUCAGGCCGCUUCCCUCGCCGUCACCCUCGGCAUCGCCCUGCUGGGAGGCCUUAUUGUCGGAUUCAUUUUGAAGCUGCCCAUCUUCGGCGCUCCUCCCGACACCAUCUGCUUUGAGGACAGCAUCUACUGGGAGGUGCCUGGAGAGGAGGAACACCACGACGGCCAGCUGACCGCAGUGAGGACGGAGGAGUCGGAGAAGCUCAACAGUUAGACACCGAGACAGAACACACACACACACACACACACACACACACACACACACACACUGAGGUUUUAACGUCCUAGCACUUGAGUAUUACACCCUUUUAGGUCUUAAGAAAAUAAAAAUGUACGUGCAUCGUGCUCAUGUCAGCUGCCAAAUGUUUGUGAAUGAAUAAACACAUAAAUACAUAAAAUGAUAAAUAAAUGAAUAAAAAAAAUUUUAUUCUGCACAAAUUAAAAUAAAAUCCGCCCCCUCCCUUUUUUUCACAUGUUAUUGACGACUGUGCCCACUAGAGGUCGAUCUCGAGCUGUGUCGCUCUGUGCUAGAGGCCCGUGAGAACACUGCAUUGGGAAAUGAUGUGUCUAUUUGAUGAAAGAUGCUGUCUAAUUGUCCCCUAAAACCGAGCCAAGACACGGCUACAGAAUUUAAUUUCAGCAGCCGCCACCGAACCAAAGACGAACACGACUCCUUUCAGAGCCAGAAACCUCCAUCCAACACCAAGAGGCCUCAGUGAGUCCUGGGAAAUAUAUUGAAAUGAAAAAAAAAGAUCACAUUUUCACAAGCAACACUUUUUUUUUUUUUUUUUUUUCGUUUUUACCGUUUUCUUUAUUUGAAUAAAGGAUUUUCAUGCAAAACAAUGCAGAGACGUAAGGAUUUUUAUACGUGUGUGUUAUCUCCUGAUACUUUAGCUUUGGGAUUUUACGUGAUUUUUAUUUUUCAUAUCAAAAUGAUUAGUUAGAAUAGAGAUAUCACUGUUAUGUACCUUUUUUUUUAUAUAUUAACUGUAUAUUUCAGAUCAGGCUUAAAUCCAUUUGGUAAAACGAUGACAGCUGCAUUCAGUGUUGGAAGCAAUUCGAUGUGAACUGGAAGUAUUUUAAAUACUAUUGGAUUAGUUUUUUUGGCAAAUAAAUUGUUCAAGUGUG